CGCGCCCGACUUGCAAAGAUGGCGGUGAUCGGUGGCGCGCGGCCCCUUUGCCGGGCGGUUGUCCCGCUCCUCCGUAGCAAGAUGUGAAUGCGGCUGAAGGACGGUGCCACGGGAAUGAGUCGGCGAAGGAAGCAUGCGGACAGCCCUGUGCGGACCCGCCGGGCGGGUGCCGAGAACUGCUGCCCGGCAGCGGAACUGUGGCCCCGGGCGUCCAGGGCGGCCCGCAGCUCCCAGCCUAGCCGGGCGGGAACGCGGUCUGCGCUGCGGUCGCAACGGCGGGCAGCGGCUGACGGCGGGCGGAGCCCGGGGGAAAAGGAGACACCAACACAAGUUCUGAAAGUGAAUUUAUUGUCCUGUACCUUCAGUUCUCCAAAUGAUCCAGAUGGACAGACUGAUAUCUUCUGGGAUCAAAAUUCUCCAAUGACAAAACAGUUAGGUAAAAGAAGAACAAAGCGGAUUUCCAGUGCAUACAAUGAUGAGAUUUCACAUAUUGUUAAUCGUAUUGCUCCUCAGGAUGAAAAACCAGUGACAAACUCCAUGCUGGGUGUAUGGAUUGGUGACAGUGCUAUUCCUUGUACUCCUGGUGUAGCAAAAGAAAAGUCAAGAGUGAAAAUCAGCUGCACAAAGUUAAAAACAAAAAAUCGAGAAAAAGAACUUAUGAAAUUGGCCCAACAGUUUGAUAAAAAUAUGGAAGAACUUGAUGUGAUUCAAGAGCAAGAUGGGAUGAAUCAUGAUUUUAUCCAGAUGACUUCAGAAAUGGGACAUUUACAUAACCAUAAAAAUUCUGUGCAGAUGGCAUCAGAUGAUAUAGUUCCUGAAGUCAGUUGUACUCCAAUAAAGAAGCAAGUGGAAGGAGACAGCAGAAUAUCUCUGGGAAAGGGGCAAGACAGCAGUCAGAAACCCUUUGACCGAAAUGUUGAAGCAGCCUUUAAUGCUAUUUUCGAUGGUUCCACUCAGAUGUGUAGUGGACAGCUAAGCCAGGAGCUGUCAGAUACUUUUUUGAACAAUAGUAAAACUUCCAUGAAAAAGGAAAAUGUCUUACUACAAGAGGAAAUCAUUACUACUGAAACUCUGCUCACAGAAAACCUGCUAAAUAAAACUCCAGUAUCACCUUCCCCUCAAGUAGAUACUACCAUAAUACUAAAAUCAUGUGUGACUCCCAGUCCUAAGACUCCAGCAGCACCUAAUAAACAUCUUGAUGAAUUGACUGCUAAUGAUUUUGAGGAUGAUUGGGAAAGCUUACUAAGCAGUGAACCCUUCCUUAUGGAGAAUGCUGAAACGCUUGAACUCUUUCCCUCUACAACUGCUCAAGGUACUGGUCAGAAGGCAGUUUGUACCUCUAUUGGGGAAAAUGAUACAAUCACAUCAAGAGCAAAUAUGAAUCUGGGUGGAAGGUUAAGAGACUCAAAAGUAACACUGGAUCUUCCUUCAAAGACACGAAGCAGAGAACUAAAAAAUGCUGGAGAAUGUAGGUUUUCACCACAUCCAGGUGAUAAACCAAGGAAGUUACCAUUCACUGGGAAUAAAGUGAGAUUUGAGAAAUCUGUCACUAACUUUGUUAGUAAAAAUGAAGAUUAUGUUGCUGUCUCUAAUCUUACAAAAGUGAAAGAAGAUGGUCAUGGUAAGGGCAUACUUAAUGCCUCUAACAAGUCUGUUUCAUACACAAGGUAUCCUAAUGAACAAAAUCACAAGCUUGGUGUUAACCUGCCUUUGAAAGUACCCACUACUGACCCAUUUGAUUCUGUGUUCGUGGGCAAAGAAAACAUUGUGUGUAACACAAAUCAGUCUCAUGGAUCAAAGUUCAGUUCUCCCUUCGAUGACUGGAAUGACCCACUGUUGGCCAGUGAAAUGAUUAAAGCAUGCCAUCAAUUAGAAACUACCUGGGAAGCAGAUGAUGUAGAUGAUGAUUUGUUAUAUCAGGCUUGUGAUGACAUCGAAAGACUAACUCAGCAAGAAAACAAGGGCAGCAAGGAGUCAGAAAGUAAAAGUAAUACUUCCAUACAUGGAUCCAGAAAUACUUGUUCUGCAUCUGAACAAGGAAGUCAGUUGGUGUCGUCUAAACAUUGGAAUCUUGUCAGUUCUCCAAUGCCAUUGUCUUUAACAAAUAAAUCACAGAUAAAUAAGCCAGUGACAGUAGAGAAAAGAAACAUAUGUGGAGAUUGUCCCAAUAUUUUGGGUGCUACAAAUUUGUCUGUGUGCUCUAAGAAUUCAAGUGAUAAUCAGCACGUACCAGUACACGUGAAUAGCUCAGACUCUGUUCUUGUAGGAAGUUCACAUCUGAAAGUUAAUUUGGGUUCUGUGAGCACAAAGAUCGCUACUAAUAUGAAGUUGAGUUCUCAGCUGUCCCACCACAGCUUAGCAGAUACAGCUCAGAGUGACAGCAAAAUACUGAAGUCAUCAAAAUUCACAUUUAAAAAGAAGAACCCUCAGCUUCUUUCUGAGUUAAAUCAAAAUCAUCUAGCAGGAAGUAUGCCUGUUAGUAAAAUCUCACAGGAUUUAGGAAAAAGGGAAACUGUCAAUUCAUGGCCUGAAGCUAAUCAAAAACAUGCUAAGUCUUUGAAACCAUCUUCCCCAGACGAAGAAGAGAGAAACAGGAAGUAUUCUCCUGAAGAAAUUCAGCGGAAAAGGCAGGAAGCACUGGUUCGAAGAAAGGCCAAAGCGUUGCACACUGUGCAGUCAGCUCCUGUUUCACUGCCUUGGUGAAAGCCGAGUGAGCCGGUUUGACAGCUGUGAGAACUAUCUGUGAUAGGACUUUGUUCUGAUUUCUCCAUGAGAAGUUUACUGCUGAGUUUUUAGCAUGAGCUACUUUAUUAUUUAAUAAAUCACUGUUUACAAUGGUAAA